AUGACUAGUCUGACUACUAAGAAACUGUCGAGGAUUUAUUUUAUAAAAGAUGAAGGUGAGGGAGUCGGCCCCCUGCAACUGGCCAAGCGUUAUAACCUGUAUUCUUCGAUUCGAGUCCCCAUGCAUUCACCCGGUCAUUGGCCUAGACGUUUCUACUCCAUGGAUUGUUUGCUGAAAAAGCUGCUUCACUCGGCUGUGAUUCUCGAAUGUACCUUUUUGCUUUACUGCAUAUCCAGCCUGGACCAAGGGGUCAUCGGUAUUUUCGUCUGGUUAAGCAAUUUCCCUAAAAUCACUUGCAUCCAUCUGAGAAAUCUACGUACCUUUAGCAUCAUGGCCGCGAGGCUGAAAAGUCAAGGCCAGCAGCGGCAGGAGCGAUCUCUAUCGCUUGACGAAGCCCUCUACAACCAUCUUGCUCUCCCCCCUCACCUUCCUCACAGGCAGGAUUCAAACCUGACCGGCAUAGAAAAUGCCCUUACAGAUCGUCUGCUUGCAUCUGUAAAGCAUCUUCAAAGCCUUCCCAACAAUGGACACAGCACCAUGUGGGACUCCGUCCGACGUGGCGUGGAAACCACCAAGAGUAUCCACAUCGGAGGUCAUGUCGACCGCACUGCCCUUGCAAGAGAACUGAGCGGCCUCGGAGACUCGGAUUUUUUGGCCGUUUAUGUAUCAAGUCAGAAUUGUGCACUCUACAUCCGUCGAUCCCUUGAUCCGGUCCUUGGUGCCUCAGUAGUUUUCGAGGCCUUCGAAACUUCAGCUCGCAACGAAGAUGUUCUAGCGACCGAUAACGCUCUUCAGUGGGACUUCCCUGGUUGUGCAGUGGCUAUUCCGCUUGACACUUUCCACGAGAAUGGCUUCGUUUCACACCUUGCCAAUUUCCUCGACAAUGCAUCUCGCGAAACUCUAUCAGAGUUCUCCGCCCAUGCACUCAAAGCCGGAGCUUCGAUGCCCGAGUAUCGGAAUGCUUCUGAGCCCGCUCUCAUAUCCUCCAUGCUCAUGGGAAUCCUCCAACAGAGUGGCCGCCGACUUGCACCAACCCUUUUGCAGAAGAUGGUGCGAGAUGAUGUCCUAUGGAGGAAUGCCGAAAAGCCUUGGAGACGACUCCCGUACUGGCUUGUGUUGCGUGUCGCCAUGUCCCGCUACCUUGCCCAACGCCUUGGAGGCGAGAUUGGCCGUAUCGAGUACAAGUUUUUGCUGGCGCACCUCCUUAGCGAGUUCCUCAGCCAUAUACAGCGAACGAACAUUGGUAUAGAUCGAUUAGACUUCCUCAAGAAAAAGAUCUGCAGACGUCUAGUCAAGCUGGAUCUUGACAACGAGAGGGCCCAAGACCCUAGUACAACUGACAGGGUCGAGUAUCUGUUUUCACGUCUCAGCCCAGGCAUUCAGAAUGCAGUCUCAAAGGCAAACCAGUUCAUCGAGGCUACCUGGAAGCAACAAAAACUUGCCAUGACCAAGACUAUCCCCGUUCUUCCAAAACAAGCAACUUUUGAAGAUACACGGGUGGACUUGAAGAUCAGUGGACAGUAUUUGUACAAGAUUUGGCAAGGGUUCUCUCGACCUGUCAGACUUGGACUAAAACAACAGAACACCGUCAGUGUUGCACAGGCUGCCAAGCAACACCUGAUCUCGUUCGCUCGCGAGCAUUUCAAGUUGAUAGAAAAAGAGAUGUCUUACAACAAAUUCUGUGACGACUGCGGUCCUUUCCCCCGCCUAACGAUUGAAACGGCAAGCACUUUCAUCAGGGAAUAUCUACCACAAGCCUCCGUUUAUGUGGACAUUCCUGAGCUCAAAAGCACAAUGAUCCUAAACAUCAUGGAUCUUUGGGUUACCAUGGACAAGGCCGCAUGUUCACUUUAUUCUAUCCUGGGAGAAUUCCAUCCUCUUUUCCGUCCAGAGAUGAUUGAUGUUUUAAUCCUCCCUACGGUAGCUGAGAUGAAGCGACUCCAAAGGGUCCAAGUCUAUCUUCAAGAUCGUAUUGCUUCAUGCAGAGGGUCGACCGUGAGCAUCUUUGAUGAUCCGGUUCGUGGGUCUUUUGCACAUCGUUUCUAUGACUCGUCCGACAUGUCUGAUGAGAUGAAGGACUUACAUGAGUCAAUCGAAACUUGGGCCACGAGUGUGCGCACUAAUAAGGAGAAGGAGUGGAAAACCAAGACCGAAGAAUACGCUCGAUUAUCAAAAAGUGUGGAUGAGAGCACUUGUUUGUACUUGGUCAAUGAUAACGACCCAUUCGCUUUGCCUGUACACGAUGACCACAACUGCCGUCGGUGCUUCUUGAAGCGCGCGAUGAACAGAAUUCAGAUACAGGCCUACGAACAUCCUCUGCCUUCCGAUCCAUUUGUCGCAAAGGCUGUGAUUUUUGAGCUCCUCUGUCCCCAGACUUUGGCGACAUAUCGAGAUGUAACUUGGACCAUCAUGUCGCACCUGGCUAUGCCAGCGGAGGAAGGUAUUGAACCAAAGUGUUGGGCUCGGGGAUAUCAGCAAUUGCAUCAAUUUUCCAACAACUCAUCCAUGAGUUGCUCUCUGGCAUCCGUCACCAAGCCAUUUCUCACAACACAUUAUGCCACUUUGAGAUUCCCUGUGGAAUGGGAUGAUGGUCGAUCAGGGGUUUGUCGACCAAACGGACUGAAGCUGACCUAUUGUGAUGAUCGCUCGAAGCGGUGGCCUAGUCGCCGAGGCCACCUCAGCUUCUUACAACAUGUAAAGUUUCAGAUCCCUCGCUCACCACAAUCCACUUUCUCUCAGAUCAUACAAGACACCUCCGCUAAGAGUGUCUAUGGAGCCUCAUCCUACGAGAUCAUGGCAACAGCAUUGAGAUGUCCCCAGGGAACCAAUGUGCAUGAGUACCUUGCAUUUCAGACAGUUGCUUCAGGCAAGUCUAGGCGUUGGUUGUCGAUCCUCACGGAGCUGGCGUCUGCCAACUUGAACUUUUCUAAUGAGGCAACUGUUAUGCUUCUGUGUCAUCUGGCUAUCCAGUGUGGCCCCUUGGACAGUACCGGAAGUGCUUUCAGACUUAUUCACGAAGUGUUCCGUGACCCGAACUUCUGUAUGAGGUUCCUCGAACAGCUCUCAUUUCGCCUCGACAGUCUGUCUGCCAACUGGAGAGAAACCCAUCUGAUGGAGCUGAUCAUCACUUUCACGAUACGCACCUUGGACUUCGCAUGGGAAGCCAAUAUGCCUAGCAUCGCCGAUGGCGCAAUUUCUCUCCUCUUGCGAGCAAGAGCUACCUGCGUCCGCUGGUUCAAACUUCUCCGUGCCGAAUCUUACAAGUUUGUGGACGCUGAAACAGCCCAGCGAUUUCAGCAAUAUGCCUUGUGGGCUGCCAUUUUGUGCAAGCGCACAUUUACUCCUCUGGCACAUGGACCACUGGGACUGGAUGGCACGGCUCUCGAGAUUUACAUUCAAAGCAGCAUUAUGCUGAACGACAAUCUUGUAGUCAAACUAGAAGCUCUACCACAGGUCCUCCAACAUGCCAUCAUUCGGGAUAUUCGGCUUUCAUACCGUCUUUCUGAGUUGGUAUCCGAAUCUAUCCUUCAUAAUCCCGAGGCCUUCCGCCUUUCGCUUCGGGAAAUGUGGCCAGAAGAGGAGGGAUGCGCUAGGACGUUCAAUGAACUGAAACUGGAGCCCGAAGCGCCUCGUUGGAUCUCUUGCCGCACCAGAGUAGGCGAGGCUCUUGAUACUGUGGACCAGAUGGUCUUCUAUAACUUUGUGCAAGGGACCUUGCUCGUGGACGGUUGUCCGAUGGGGAAACUUCCACAAGACCCAAAUCAUGCAGUCGUAUUGGAGGAGCUUUUUGGAAACCAAUCUCUGAUGACGUACCCGUCAAACCGUCCCAAAAUGCAAUAUCUUCUCUGCUUAAAACCUUUCCGUUACCAAGUUCAUGUCGGCUAUAGCGAAACGGGGGAGCUUCUCGUGAGAGCCUUCCGCAAGCCAUAUUCAUUGCAGCUCAUACCCCGAGAGAAGUUCCGUAAUGGCAUUCAUUCCGACUUACCAGGCCCGUUAGUGGACGAUUGUUUCCACUGGCUUUUGACUAACGAACACAGGAAUCUAAGGAAUGGUGAGGUCUUGAUAACCAGAAAAACGAAGCCCUGGCCGGACAGUGACUUCAGAUCAUUCGUCCUUAGUAUUCAAGAUUCCACCUGUACUAGAAAACGGCUUUACAAGGGGAAACAGGCCAAAGACUACGUGAUCAACACUUACAGUCCGCUGUUCAACCGUGUCACUAGAAUCCUCGACUCUUUUGAGGAUCGUGAUCAGAUUCUAGUGUACCAACCUGAAGGCCGUAACCUUGCCGUUGAACUUCGAAGACUGAACCUUACUUUUCAUACAAACAAGAACCGACUCCUUCAAUCACCUCAACUACAGUGCCAGAUUGACGAAAACCAGGAUGCUGGGACCUGGUACGGCCUACGCAGCAAGCUAGUAUGUACUAGCCUUACCAACCCUAUGCACAGGUCUAUCUUGGUGCCCUUGGGCCACCUGGUUGCGCAGCCGGACGGAUGCCAUGUUACGGUGAGAUUUAAGGCGACAGGAAAGUAUGGUAGGUUCAACAUCAACACGACUUUGGGAAGGAUUGACUGUGCACCGGAGCCUACGCUGGUGUUCACUAAGGCGCUCCUUCAUGCCUGCACCUCGUUUCUUUUGCCAGACCCUUUGACGGGUCGCACUGGAACUGAAGAAGCAAUUCAGUGGCUUCAAGCAGGUAUUUCACAACCAUGGACACCACUCACGCCCCCUUCCAUGGCUGUGUUGCGGAGGAUUGCUCAGUUAACGCCCCAGAGAGUCUAUUACCCCCAAGAACUCAAAGUAAUGCGAACAGAUUACUGGAUUGACGAGUUACCUCUGAGACUACAAAGUUCUGCCUUCCGACCUAUAGUGGACCGGAUCCUAGAGGGUUCUGCAACGUUGGCGAUAUUCGCAACAAAGGACCAAGCUGCCAUUGAACAACCGGAGUUACCUCCUGCUAGUGAGCCACACCUACACGCACGGGUAUUGUUGCGACAAGAAGCUGUUGAAAGAUAUUUGGAAAGUACUUCCAGUCGCGCGCAACCCGUAAAUCGCCACUAUGCGUCUCGAGACCGACCUACUGUCAACAACAUCAUGCAUCGCAACGUGCUCGAGGUUACUCACUUGAUCCGCCAGUGGCCAAAGAACUUCAAGACUACGGAUGGAUUGGCCCAAAUACUCUCACAAGGCGGGACUAUUGGCGGUUUUGUAGCUCCUUUGGAUGCGACCUCUCUCAAUGAGAAGCUGAAGGUUGACAUUCUUCAAUCGUGGGGAUCGCUAGUCCGGUUUGCUCGUGAGGCGGCCGCUGACCGUUACAAGUUGAUGUACCUGCUCGGGCCAAUGUCAUUCCAUCUGGAUGCUAACAUGCCACUUCUGAGAACUUUGGUUGCAUCUGCAGUCUUUGCAGAUCUCAAUGAUCUUGAGCUCCCACAGUGGGAGGAGUUCGAACAUUUUCAACCAAACCAGACGCCACAGCUUGAUUAUGUCCUCCAACUUCUCAAACCCUAUAAAGUCGCCCCGGAAGAGAGUGUUGCCGCGGGACUGGGACAAUACUCAAGUGGCAAGGUUCUGAGAAAGUUGCAAAUCGAGCGAGCUAAACAUGAAUCCAAGGUGGAAGACGACUGCAAGUUCUUCGCCAAUCACCUUCUGAGCCAGUGGCCAUGCUUAGAACCUACUGUAAGUGGCCUGGAACGUUCACUCCUGAUCGAUAUCGGGCCUGCUUUGGAGGCUAUCCGCCCAGAAUGGAGACGACUGUUCAUGAACAGAGACUUAGCCGAACAUGUGAAAGAAGUCCAAGCUAUUCUUGACAGACACACACUGGAUGAGAGGUACGAACCUCCCCCGGUGCCUUCCUCGGAGGAGGUUUACACCGUGAGGAUACGGGGGGGCGAGCUCGUGGACUUGCGUCAACUACUGGCGAAACCGUACCACAUUGUCAAGGCGAUUGCUGGAGAAAACAUCACUCCGACGGAAUGCCGUGGAUCAACAGAACGGCCGUUUCUAAGCGAAAACGACUUUAGCCAACGUUUUGGUAAUUUUGCAUGGAAUAGUAACAGAGGUACAGGUGCAGGAUCUGUUGCCAAUGGACGGAGGUUUGGCAUUGCAAAGACUGGCGCAGAUUUGUUCCCUACAGGCCGUCAAGUCACUGAGUCUGCCGCAAGACUGAGAACGAUUGCUCAGCGCUUGGGCUCAUCUAAGUCGGCAGUCAGACGCCGCUACGCCGAUGACUUCCAGCAAAGCUUGAAUGCAUUUGAGCAGCUUGAUACCUCGCAACGAUUCACUGGCGUUAUGCAGACACGGGAUGCCGCUAUCUCGCUGAGAUCCAAAACUAUCGAAGACGGCUUCUAUGCCAUCAGCUCAGCCUUAAAUGUGCCGAGUCAAGUUUGUUCACAGAGACGCAUCUUCUGGCUUCAGACUGGAAACCUGUGGCCAAUUGUGACAAAAUCAACCUUGCUCUCUUGCCUCGGUUCUGUAGCAUCCCAGGGUUCUCACUUUGGGAGUGGAAUGAAAAAGGCUCUUCUCAACAUGGGGGUCAAUAUCACCAAAUACCAAAGAGAGGUUCGCCUUCAUGAUCUGGCGUUGAAGAAAGUAUCCGGCAGGUACCACGAAGAAGACUCCAACGAGGGCCACUCAAAUUGGAGCCCAGAAGAAUAUCCAGAUUGGCUACUUCUUGAGAUCGAGUCUGAUAUGAUGAUUCGCCCUGUCCAGAUUGAUGUCGCCUUGGCGACAAUUUCGCCCGAGUCCGGAUCCAACUCUGUUCUACAGAUGAAUAUGGGCCAAGGCAAGUAA